CGUGAUUUUGGGUAGGCUCACUCAAUAUAAAUACUCGGUUUCACUUACCCUUCGUCACAAGCUUUCUAGUCGCAGUACUGAGAACUUUAGUUUAACACGCACAACCACAAAACCUAACCUCUUUCAUCAUGUACAAGCAAGUGAUCAUCGCUCUGGCUCUUAUCGCCGCCGUCGCCGCCUCCCCCUACGCCUGGUCCGCCGGCUACGGAUACGCUUCCCCUUACGCUGCUGCCCCAUACGCUAGCUACGGAUACCCCGCCGCUUCAUACGCUGGUUACGGAUACGGAUACGCUCGUGGUGCUUACGGAGCUUACGGAGGCUACCCCUACGCUGGCUACGGAUACCCUGCCGCCGGUGCCUACCCCUACUCCUCCAUUUACGGAGGCUACGGAUCCUACGGACUCCUCAAGAAGUAAAUUGACCCGUUUUCAAAAGUUCCUGUGAUACCAUAACCGUACAACAAUCAUGCUCUGUGUGUGGUUUGACCGACUGCCAUGUCAACUUACCAAUUUAAAUCCAUAUUUGUAAUGAAAUUUCUUAAAAUUUACGUGUAAAUUUUAGUUCCAAUCUGCGACUACUAUGUAGUUUAUGUACAAUAAAAAUCCAUACUUCACACCCAAAA